AUGGUAGGCUCAGAGCCUGCUCAGACCUCCAACGGUCAAGAGAUGGAGUCGCGCUCUUCGGAAGAAGUCGCACAUGCGAAUCCUCCGACAGACCCAUCAGUACACGUUUCGGCUGUCGUUCCACACGAGCCUCGCGAUGUACUGCAAGCCUCGCACUUCGAAGGUGCCACACGACUCCUCUCGCAAUCAGCCCUCGUUGUUACACGCGAGGUCGAAAUGAUGAAUAUCUUCCUUGGCUUCGAGCAGGCCAACAAGUACUCGAUCCAUGCUCCCUCCGGCGAACUCGUCGGAUACCUCGCCGAAGAAGAACAAGGCUUAUUGGGAGGGGCGCUGCAACGUCAGCUUCUGCGCACUCACCGUCCCUUCCGCGCGACCGUGAUGGACGCCUCUGGCAAGCCGGUGCUCAUGAUCCGUCGUCCGUUCACCUGGAUCAACUCGACCGCGCACAUCUACGCCGUGCGUUCGGACUAUCCUGUGGGCUACGGAGCUCCGCAGGACUCCGACCUCGAGCUCAUCGGCGAGGUGCAGCAGCGCUGGCAUCUGUACAGGCGUCGAUACGAGCUUUUCCUCAGACGAACCAAUGAGGACGAAGGUGGAGACAACUUUGUCCAGUUUGCUCAGAUCGACGCAGGCUUCUUGAGCUGGACCUUUUUGAUGCAGGAUGCAGAUAGCAAGCUGGUCGGCGCCAUCGACCGCAACUUCCGGGGCUUUGGGCGCGAGAUCUUCACCGACACGGGGCAGUAUGUCUUGCGAUUCGACUCGGUCGGCGAAACAGCCAUGACCGACGCCCGUCUGUCUGCACCUGCAGCUACUGAGUCUCAAUCAAAGCCGACGGGCAUCGCCGAAGGCAUGGAGCUGGUCCAGAGCCACGGCACCCGACCGCUGACCCUGGACGAGCGAGCAGUAGCCCUGGCGACCGCGGUCAGCAUCGACUUUGACUACUUCAGCCGGCACUCGGAGGGCAUGCAUGGUGGCGGAGGGAUGUUUCCGUGGUUCUACAUGGGUGGCAUGGGCGGUGGAGGUGGAGAAGCUGCCGAAGCGCCCGCAGGUGGGCCGCAGGGGGAAAACGUACCCGCCAACCACGGUGGAGCAGACAACGGCUUUGGAACGGGCGUUGCGGGCGGAGCUAUCGGCAGCGGCAUGGACUUUCCCUACGGUGCGUCUGACUCAGGUAUGACCGAAGACGGACGACUAGGCCAGCCUCCGUCGAAUCCUGCAGAGUACGGACAGGACUCGACGCCUUCUCCACCACAGAACGAGAGCCCGUGGUGGGGUGUUGACCAGCAGCAACAGCAACAGUCAGGCGAGGGAGACGUGUGGGGAGCCGGGGAGAGUGAUCCGUGGGCAGGCGCACAAGAUACACAGCAGCCAGACGAGGGUUUCUGGGGUGGAUGGGGCGGUAACGGCGGCGAUGGUGGGGGUGGAUGGGGCGGCUUCUUCGGCGGUGAUGGCGAUGGUGGAAGUGAUUGGUGA